AUGACUGAAGACAAUAUCCUUUCCUGGACAGAGAUCAAACACUACAUCCACACUGGAGAAUUACCUACUUUGAGGAGAUCGCAAUCAGAAACAGCAAAGUACCAUAAACAUAAGGAUUAUGUAAGAGAUGUAUUGAAGCUGUCGAUGCAUGAUUACGUGCUGAAGAAACUAGAUUGGAAACAGAAUGAGCUGGAUGAGUUAAAUAACGUUAAAUACCCCACGAAUGACGAUAAGAUCCAACAUUCAUUUUCCAAGGAAGACUAUUACAAAGUCACGGUGAAUGAUUUCCCCUACAAGUUUGAACCUCGCGUGGUGCAUCUAUUAGUAUGGUCCAAGAUCAAGCUGCCCAUCUACAUGCAAGGUGAUGAGAAAGAUGAGACCAUGACUGAAAAGAUAGAUGAAUUCUUUGCUAAGACACUCAAUGUGAAGUUCGACAUGGAAAAGGAAAGAGACUACGCGUGGUUCAUCAACUAUGUCUCUUUGCAGAGUAUUAAAGCGAUUUCGCACGUGCAUCUACUGAUCAGACUGCCAGACAACCAUCCUAAGUUUCAUUAUACUACAGAAUUGGCUGACUAUUUUGUCAACAACGCUGUUUUCGAUACUAUGUAG